CAGCUAAACGACGCAUAUGCAUUGACCAAUGAGCGUGCUGGAAGUUCGAGCGACACGCCAGCGUCACUUGUGCUCUCUCUUUCGUAUCGUAGUUCUGUGAUUGGCUGUCACCGAACAACGUAGUUUCGUAUCCCGCCGCCUGGCGGCAAUCGCGCGAAGCAUCUCAAUUUAAAUUCUUCAACGGACCAUAGCUUACUUCUGGCGUGUGGCGUUUACAAAUAGUAAAUGAAUGCGAAAUAAAACGUGUGUCGUAUUGAAAUCGUGCUACUAGCUGUAUUUUAUCGUAGUAAGACAUAAUUACGUAAGAAACCAUUUAAAAUGAACGACAUACGCAACAUGAAAAAGGAUAAGAACCAGCAUAUACAGGUUUUUGUGCGUGUCAGACCAUUGAAUAAUAGCGAGAAAUUUGGUAAAUCUGUCUCAGUAUUGGAAUUACCAUCUAACAAAGAAGUGGUUGUGCAUGAAAAACAACAAAGCAAUCAUUCAAAAAAAUUCACAUUUGAUAAAGUAUUUGGACCAUCUUCAAAACAGAUAGAUGUGUAUAAUGCAGUUGUUAGCCCGUUGCUCGAGGAGGUAUUGGCAGGAUAUAAUUGCACGGUUUUUGCUUAUGGUCAAACUGGGACUGGAAAAACAUUUACUAUGGAAGGUAUUAGCAACGAUCCAACAUUGCAUUGGCAAAGUGAUACUUCAGCUGGAAUUAUACCACGUGCACUGAGUCAUUUGUUUGAUGAAUUGCGUUUGUUAGAAGCACAAGAAUACACAAUAAGAGUUAGUUUUCUCGAGUUAUAUAAUGAAGAAUUAUUUGACUUGUUAUCAUCUACUGAUGAUGCAUCUAAAAUAAGGCUUUACGAAGAUGCUACAAGAAAAGGUUCAGUGAUCAUUCAUGGAUUAGAGGAAGUAACUGUACACAAUAAAAAUGAAGUUUAUAAAAUUUUAGAAAAGGGAUCAGAGAAAAGACAAACAGCUGCAACUUUAAUGAAUGCUCAUUCGAGCCGUUCUCAUACAGUAUUUUCAAUUACUAUUCAUAUAAAAGAGAAUACUAUAGAUGGGGAAGAACUCUUAAAAACUGGAAAAUUGAAUUUGGUAGAUUUAGCUGGCAGUGAAAAUGUGGGAAGAUCUGGUGCAGUGGAUAGGAGAGCAAGAGAAGCAGGAAAUAUUAAUCAGUCAUUAUUGACUCUUGGUCGAGUUAUAACAGCGCUUGUUGAAAGAGCACCUCAUAUACCAUAUCGGGAAUCAAAAUUAACAAGACUUUUGCAAGAAUCAUUAGGUGGACGUACAAAAACGUCAAUCAUUGCCACUGUAUCUCCAGCGAGCAUAAAUCUUGAGGAAACCUUAUCGACAUUGGAUUAUGCUCAUCGUGCGAAAAAUAUCACAAAUCGUCCUGAAAUCAAUCAGAAACUAUCUAAAAAGGCAUUACUUAAAGAAUAUACAGAAGAAAUUGAGAGACUUAAAAGGGAUUUAUUAGCAGCACGUGAACGAAACGGUGUAUACUUGGCACAAGAAAAUUAUAAUGAGAUGCAAACAUUAAUUGAAAAUCAAAAUAAAGAAAUUGAAGAAAAAAUAGCUCACAUUAGUGUGCUUCGAGAAACUAUGGAGACUAAGGAGCACAUAUUUAAUGAAUUACAAACAAAGCAUAUUGAACAAACUAAUCAUCUACAUGAGACCAAGGAAAAAUUAGAAAUCACGGAACAUACUUUGAUAUCGACUAAAGCUCGUUUACAAAUAACAGAACGUGAGAAAGAAGAACAGUGUCAUUUAGUAGAAAAGCACGAAUUUACAGAGAAACAACUUUUGUCGCAAGCAAAAACACUCUUAGAAGUAGCUGAUACGGCAACAACUGAUGUAGAUAAGCUUCAUGAUAAAAUUUCUCAUAAAAGACGAUUAGAACAAGAAAACGAACAUAUCAGUCAUCAAUUUCGAAGUAACAUUACAAAACAAUUUCAAGAUGUGGAAAACAAUGUUGCAGCUUAUACACGAAAAUUCAUGGGCUUUUGUACUUCUAUGAAAAAUGGUAUUGAUUCGCAAAUGGAACUAUUUAAAAAGGAUAUUGAUUCAAUAAUCUGUCAUAUGUCAAGUGACAUUAUUGAUAAAGAAAAAUUAGCAAUAGAUGAAUUCACGAAGAACAUAAAUAAUUCGUACAAAUACUAUCAUCAGUGGCUAGACACAGAAAUGGCACGUUCGUCUGAUAUGACUCAACAUGAACACAAAUUUUUGAAUGAUAUAUCUCUAAAACUAACAUCGAAAAUAAAAGAUUUAAUAGAAGUUAAUAAUAUGGAAAUUGUAAAGAACUUGCAUCAUUUAAAUGAUAACGUAUCUCAGAAGUUUGACAAAUUAUUGGAGUAUAAAAAUGAAUCAAUAAGACAACUUUGUAACUAUAGGUUACAGGAACGUGACAAUCUACUUAAAAAUAUAGAGGAUAUAAAACAGAAUGUACAAGCUAUUCGUGAGGGUGACAAUAAAAUUAUGCAGGAACAAGAAAGAUUUAAAAAAUCAUUUGAAAAUCUAUGGCUACAAUUUAACAAGUUAAGUGAAAACGUGACCGAGAAUUAUUCCACUGCAUGCACCACCUUAAAUCGUGUUAAUGAGGUUUGCGACAGUACGACUAAUGAUAUUCUCAAUGACUACCAUAAGGCUAUUGAGAGAAAUGAGACUCUGCAGCAGAAAAUUCAGGAUGAUAUAGAUAUACUCAAAAGCGAUGUUGAAUCUAACAUGGAAAAGAAUUGGAUAUUAGCAGAGCAAGUUGCAAUACAGAGCCAUAAUUUGACCGAUGAACUUCAAACUGACUUCAAUAAUCACUGUGAUGUACUACAGCAGGACAAAUUACAUGUCGAAGAUAACAUUAAACAAAUGGAACAAAAAUUCAAGGAAGAUAAUUCUUCUUUUAUUGGAUCUGUCAAAACUAGGUAUAAUGUACUAUUACAAGAAAGUCAUGGUCACAAAAACCUUGUGGGAGAUUUAAGAAAGAAAAAUCUACAAACGUUUAUAGAACUGAAUGAUAAACUUAUAAGUGAAAGUAACAAUUCGUCCAUCUGGAAUGAUCAAACAACUACAGAAUUACAUUCAAUACAAGAAAGAAUUGGAAAAUUCCUUGAAGAUUUACGGCACGACACACCAACAGGUUUAACGCCAGCAAGAAAAGAAUAUCAAUACCCAAAGCACCUUGUUGCAACUUCGCCACAUGAACGAAUUCUUCAGAGAUUCAGAGAAAUGAGAAAUUACCUCGAAGAUUCCGACAAUGAAGAAACGGUAUUGGCCAAUAAUAACUCGCCAAAGAAGAAAUGUCCGAAUGCGAAUUAAAAUUUUCAACUGGUAAUCAGUUGCAUUUUAUAUUUACACAAUAAAAAUUAGUUAAUUAUUAUGUUAGGUUUAUAUUAGGUUUAUAAUAUGAAAUAAGACCAUUUUGAUACACUGAUACAAUGUAAUUAAUAGAAUUAUAAAUAAAUCAUUGACAGAAAAUUA